AUGACAAUUUCUUUCUUCAUCCUGUUGUUCAUGGUAGGCUUGAAAGUUAAUAUUGGAGCAUGCCAAAAUGAGUGCUCAGAAUUACGCUGUGGAGACUUCGGUCCACCUAUCAAAUUCCCUUUUCAACUCAAAGACAAGCAGCCUGAUCACUGUGGCUACCCUGGAUUUGAUUUAUCCUACAAUGGAAGCAACAAUACAGUGCUUGAGCUGCCAAUUUCAGUGAAGUUCAACGUCACUCAUAUCAACUACAAAUCUCAGGUAAUUCAAGUGGUUGAUCCAGAUGGUUGUGUUCCCAGGCAGCUUCAUAAACUUAAUCUGUCUGCCUCUGCCUUCCAAUUCAAAGGGGACUACCAAUAUGACUAUACUUUAUUCAAUUGUUCACCAGCAGAUAGAAAUUUAUAUUAUCAAAUUCCCUGCCUUAGUGAGACUAGCCACCAAAUAUUGGCUAUAUCUUCACAUUCUUCCAUGGACGCAUUUCCUAUUUCAUCACCUUGUUCACGAAAGAGCUGUUCAACUUCACGAAGAGCUGUUCAUCUUCUCUAG